CAGCCGCAGGCGGCGUUUCUCCGCGCCGCAGCUCUCAGAGGCGGAGAGAGUGAGCAGACAACCAGGAACUUCGCUCCGGCAGGACCCCAGAACUACCGCGGGCCCGCGCCUUGGUCUCAGGCCUCCUCGGCAGAUACUGCGACAGUCUGCGAGCCCCUGUCUGAUUGCGCCGGCUCCCCCCAGGUCCUGGCGAUGGCACUGACGAUGCUGAGAGACCGGUGCGGCUGGAUGGGUACCAACGCACAGUUGUCCCUGCUCAUCCUGGGCAUCCCAGACGACUGCGAGAACCGGCAAUUCCAGGAGGCCGUGCAGGCUGCCUGUGGCCCCUGGGCAGGAGCCCCAGGAGAGGCAGAGGCCUGGAUCCAGCAAUGGAACCAGGCCCUGCAGCCUGUGCUGGAAAAUGUGGCCGACCCAGAACUGAGAACCUUUUCUGGCACACAAGAGCCAGGCAGCGAGGAAGAGCCCUUUGAGAGCUGGCUGGACCACGCCAAUGACGUACUGUACCAGUGGCGCCACAUAUCGGAAAGGGAGAGGAGGAGGCGGCUGGUGGAGAGCUUGGGUGGCCCCGCACUGAAUCUCAUGUGUGGCCUCCUGGAUGAAAAUCCCCACAUGACUGCUCACGAAUGCCUGGUGGCGCUGGUGCAGGUGUUCGGGAACAAGGACACCCGCACGGCUGCGCGGAUGAAGUUCAUGACUUGUACCCAGCAGCCCCAGGAGACCCUCUUUGCUUACGUGAUGCACCUGGAAGGCCUGCUGCAGACGGCCAUGGAGAAGAGGGCCAUCCACCCCACUCUUGCAGACCAGGUGCGCACCCGGCAGGUGCUGAUGUGGGCCCACCCCAACAAGACACUCCAGAGCAAACUUAGGAGGAUGGGGCUGGAGAGGAGACCGCCUGGCUUCAUGGGGAUGUUGCGUCUCGUUCGAGAGACAGAGACAUGGGAGGCCAUUCUGGCUGGGAUUCAUCACUUCCAAAUGGAAGAAGACGCCCUUGCGUGUAUUAGACAUCUGGCCACUGCCCACGCAGCCCCAUCCUGUGCAGAUGCUGCCCAGGCUGCUACGGCCAGUGCAGAUGCCGCCCAGGCCACCUCAGACAAUGAACAUGCCACCCAGGCCAUCCCUGCCAGUGCAGAUGCCGCCCAGGCCGCCUCAGACAAUGAACAUGCCACCCAGGCCAUCCCUGCCAGUGCAGAUGCCGCCGAGGGCACCUCAGACAAUGAACAUGCCACCCAGGCCAUCCCUGCCAGUGCAGAUGCCGCCGAGGGCACCUCAGACCAUGAAGAUGCCACCCAGGCCAUUCCUGCCAGUGCAGAUGCCGCCCAGGCCACCUCAGACAAUGAACAUGCCACCCAGGCCAUCCCUGACAGUGCAGAUGCCGCCCAGGCCACCUCAGACAAUGAACAUGCCACCCAGGCCAUCCCUGCCAGCCACCCUGGCCAGUGA